AUGCUGAGUGACACCUCAUCUGCCAACUCUCACCAGGUAACCGACCUGUGCCAUACCAGACAUCCCGUAGAAGAUCACGACUAUAUCCAUGCUAACUGGGUGGAUGGUUAUCGGGAGCCUAAGAAAUUUAUCGUCACUCAGGCUCCUCUAUCACGAUCUAUUGAUCAAUUCUGGAAGAUGAUAUGGCAAGAGAAGAGCUUAAUUGUGGUGUCUAUGAUACAAACAGUCGACAUUCCCGGAGCAGAGGUUCGGUGA